AGCCAAACGCAGACUGCUGGCGAGAAGCGCCAGCCCACUCGCUGCGCGGAGGGGUUUCUCACGCCCCCUGCUCCUGGGUGACUGCACCGGAGGUCGGAAGGAAGGGGGGCGAGGGAUGAGUCAUCCCGCCUAAUACCUUCUUCCGGGUCCCUUCGCCAACGCACGCCAGCCCCCUCCCGAGAUCAUGCAGCGGGGAGCAAAGACUCCGCUCAUCCUCAGUCCUCCACCAAACCCCCUGUGGCCUGCGGAGGAGAGGAGAAGAACGGGGCGUGUGGCCAAUGAGAGCUUCGCUCCGUCGCUGCUGUCCAAUGGGCGGGACCUAGGCGGGCAGGAGGGGGCGGUCCCGGGGUGGCGCUCAGCCCCGCGGUGCUGUAGCUCACCGAGAGCGGUUCACAGGGAGUCCGCGCCUCGGCUACGCGAAGAGGCGCCGCCGCUGCCACCGCCGCCGCUGCUGGCCAAGGUGCUGGACACGACAGGCCGGUGGCCACCUCGCCAGCUCAGCCACCCGUUGCAGCCGCCGCUGCCUUGCUCCCAGCCGGGUCCCCAUGGAAGAGAUGGAAGAAGAGUUAAAAUGCCCCGUGUGCGGGUCCUUCUAUCGGGAGCCCAUCAUCCUGCCCUGCUCUCACAAUUUAUGUCAGGCGUGCGCCCGCAACAUCCUGGUGCAAACCCCGGAGUCUGAGUCCCCCCAGAGCCGUCGGGCCUCAGGCUCCGGUGUCUCCGACUAUGACUACCUGGACCUGGACAAGAUGAGCCUGUACAGCGAGGCGGACAGCGGCUAUGGUUCCUACGGGGGUUUCGCCAGCGCCCCCACUACCCCGUGCCAGAAGUCCCCCAACGGCGUCCGCGUGUUUCCCCCGGCUAUGCCUCCACCGGCCACCCACCUGUCACCGGCCUUGGCCCCAGUGCCCCGCAACUCCUGUAUCACCUGCCCCCAGUGCCACCGCAGCCUCAUCCUAGAUGACCGGGGGCUCCGCGGCUUCCCCAAGAACCGCGUCCUGGAAGGGGUAAUUGACCGCUACCAGCAGAGCAAAGCCGCGGCUCUCAAGUGCCAGCUCUGCGAGAAGGCGCCCAAGGAGGCUACCGUCAUGUGCGAACAGUGCGAUGUCUUCUACUGCGAUCCGUGCCGCUUGCGCUGCCACCCGCCCCGGGGGCCCCUAGCCAAGCACCGCCUGGUGCCCCCGGCCCAGGGCCGCGUGAGCCGACGGCUGAGCCCGCGCAAGGUUUCCACCUGCACAGACCACGAGCUUGAGAACCACAGCAUGUACUGCGUGCAGUGCAAGAUGCCCGUGUGCUACCAGUGCUUGGAGGAGGGCAAACACUCCAGCCACGAAGUCAAGGCUCUAGGGGCCAUGUGGAAACUGCACAAGAGCCAGCUCUCCCAGGCGCUGAACGGGCUGUCGGACAGGGCCAAGGAAGCCAAGGAGUUCCUGGUGCAGCUGCGCAACAUGGUCCAGCAGAUCCAGGAGAACAGUGUGGAGUUUGAGGCCUGCCUGGUGGCCCAGUGUGAUGCCCUCAUCGACGCCCUCAACAGAAGGAAAGCCCAGCUGCUUGCCCGCGUCAACAAGGAACAUGAGCACAAGCUGAAGGUGGUUCGAGAUCAAAUCUCUCAUUGCACAGUGAAACUGCGACAGACCACAGGGCUAAUGGAGUACUGCCUGGAGGUGAUUAAGGAAAAUGAUCCUAGUGGCUUUUUGCAGAUUUCUGACGCCCUCAUAAGGAGAGUGCAUCUGACUGAGGAUCAGUGGGGGAAAGGCACACUCACGCCCAGGAUGACCACAGACUUCGACCUGAGCCUGGACAACAGCCCUCUGCUGCAAUCCAUUCACCAGCUCGACUUCGUGCAGAUGAAAGGUGCGUGCCUGCGUCCCCCCGGCCAUAGCAACGUCCCGAGUGGAGACUGGUGCUUGAAGCAGGAUAAAGGCAAACAGAGCGCAGCUGCCAGGUUUAUAAAUCACCUGAGAGCUUCCUCUCCAGUGCCAGCAAUCCCCAUCCUACAGCUGGAAGAGUGCUGCACCCACAACAACAGCGCGACGCUAUCCUGGAAACAGCCACCUCUAUCCAUGGUGCCCGCGGAAGGAUACAUUCUGGAGCUGGAUGACGGCAAUGGUGGUCAGUUCCGGGAAGUGUACGUUGGAAAAGAGACAAUGUGCACCGUGGAUGGCCUUCACUUCAACAGCACAUACAACGCUCGUGUCAAGGCCUUCAACAAAACAGGAGUCAGCCAGUACAGCAAGACCCUGGUCCUCCAAACGUCCGAGGACACAGAUUCAGAAGAACAGACACUCCCUUUUCCAGUGCCUUCGGAAAGAUUGCCGCUCCGUAGAAUGAGUCCUUUCUCCUCCACCCUUAAUCUACAACCCAGCUUCCCGGGGAGAUCCUACUUUGAUUUCCGAUCCUCACCCCACCAGCUGAGCUUGCAUUCCUCCUUACAGUCUCUCAAUACAUCCGGAUGCAAUUUUGAGACACAACCUGCACCUUACUCUCAAUUAGUUGACAUUAAAAAGCUGUUGGCAGUGGCCUGGUUUGCUUUUGACCCUGGCUCGGCGCAUUCUGACAUCAUCUUCUCCAAUGACAACCUGACUGUGACCUGCAGUAGCUACGAUGACCGGGUGGUGCUGGGGAAGACCGGCUUCUCCAAGGGUGUCCACUACUGGGAGUUAACUGUGGAUCGCUAUGACAACCACCCCGACCCUGCCUUUGGCGUGGCUCGCAUGGAUGUGAUGAAGGAUGUAAUGCUAGGGAAGGACGACAAAGCUUGGGCAAUGUACGUGGACAAUAACCGGAGCUGGUUCAUGCACAACAACUCGCACACCAACAGAACUGAGGGAGGGAUCACAAAAGGGGCCACAAUCGGGGUCCUCCUCGACUUGAAUAGAAAAACCUUGACAUUUUUUAUCAAUGACGAACAGCAAGGGCCCAUAGCGUUUGAGAACGUGGAGGGUCUGUUUUUCCCGGCCGUCAGCCUGAACAGGAACGUGCAGGUCACGCUUCACACCGGGCUCCCAGUCCCUGACUUCUACUCCAGCAGAGCGUCCAUAGCCUAAGGAUGGCUGUGGAGGCACCAGCGGCCUCGUCUUACUUCCGCCUGAAAAGCAACAGCACGGAGCUCAGCCAGAGAGUGGUGGGAUCCAAGAGCACCGGAAGGAGAGGGAAGGAGGAGAGCAAAGCUGGUCCUCUACAGUCUUCACAUCCCACAGCUCCACACCUUUCCCUUCCAACCUCUCUAUUGCUGUAAUGCCUGCAUUUGCUUCCAUGUUCAGCAAUUCCAACCAACAAAGGACCUAGACAGUCCACCAUGUCACUUUGUUUCCACUCCCAGAUUUUACUUUUGUUUAACUUAAUUUUUUAUGUAGGUGAGUUAUGUUUUGUUCUUUUCUGAUCAUGUGAUUGGUGACUUACUGAGCUGGCACAGCCAAGAAAAAAUUCUCCUGAUAGCUUUUCUCUUAAGCUUUCUGUCAAAGAGGUUGUACGGAGAGGUAGGGAAGAAUGAGCUGAAUUUGGAGCUUGCAGUUUACCUCCUAGAAUGUUCUUGCCCUAUUACCUCUCAUGCAGUGUUAGAUCUGCAUAGCUAAUCUUUGGGAGGUGGGCAGAGUGAAUGUAGCAUUGAAAGGUUUUAUUAUCCAUUGAAGCCCCAAAAUAUCUACUACACAACUACCCAAAGCUUCACGGGGGUAGGAUCAUUAGGAUAGCUGGCUCAUUAGGACAGGCCAGAAACCCUGGUCAUUCAAUGAAACUGGAAAGUCUCCAGACAUAGGCAGACCACGGGACUUAAUAAUUUGGUUCAUUUAUUUAAUCCAAGUUCUUAAUUUAGAGCCUGCUAUGGACCAGGCACUGUUCUAGACACUGGAAACACGGUGUCGAAUACAUGGAUGUGGUUUCUGCCUUCCUGGAGAGUAUAUUCUAGGAGAACAAACCAAAAAAUAAAAUAAUUACAAACUGUUAUAACUAAAAAGGAAAUAAACAAAGGGCAAAGAGACUCAUUGGCAAGAUCUUUUAUAUCCCCUACAAUGAUGCUAAAAAUCUACAUAGUCUGGCCAUCGCACCAGAAACAUACCAACUCAAUGCCUUUCCAACCGUGCUAUUUUAAUUACGGCACCUGCUGCCAUUCAUCACAAAGCCUUCUUUGGUAGAAAUGAUGCUGGCAUUCUUAUUUGUUAAUGCUGCAACGAUAUUAAGCCUUAAAAAUGAAUGUGAAAAAAAAAAAUAGUGGCCAGAGAGAGAAGGACCCAUUCUCAGUACUGGAGGAUCUGAAGUUGCAGUCCACCGCAUUUACAUUCUCAGGAUAAACAUGCUUGUCUCCAUAUAUACUCUCUGUGCCUGUUACAAGUGAAAAAUCCAUCCACUCUGCUGCCCUUUUCAACCUAACUUUCUGAGGUAGUUCAAAUAAUGGUAGGAAGACAAUGAAAUUGUAUGUCAUUGCUAUGACUGACAGCAGAAUAAUAAUGCUUAUUACUCCUAGAUAGAGAUAGACUUAUAUAAGUUACCCUUCAGAUACUUUAGUUUGACAAGAAGUUUUAGGAAAUGUAGGGACCUGGAAACAGGUUCUGAUUAGUUGUCUAAAUAUUUGCCAGUGAGCUAAGAAAUUCACCAGGAAAAGUAAAACAAGAAUGACAUAUAAAAGGGAAGAUGGAGGAUGGGAAAACUAACAAAUUAAAGUUUUGGCAAAAAGUAAUAUAUGUAAAUAGCUAACUAUUGACUUUUGUGGUUACUUGAUUUAGAUUCUUCCUAUCAGUUACAGUGUCUUUCUAGUUAUGUGUACCUAAUUUAUUGAAUGGGUGCUAUCCUGUUUAUGUCUUGGUUUUUCUUGGCUGCAGAAGAACUCUGUUGCAGGGCAACACUAGUUUGAUGUUUGAUUUACUCUCCAAUGAGACUCGAUGAUUGGGCCACUGUAGACUCAUCGUUACUCCUGUUCUUUAUUAAAUUCCUCCUGCUAAUUAGAUUUCUAGUGACUUGUAACACAUAGUUUACACAGAAUUGCCAUUAUAGAUGCAUACAGCUACUGUACUAGGAAAAAAAAAAUAUUUCUGGUGUGCCAAUAAAUAAUUUUUAUUAGAGAACAUCAUAUGUCUCUUCAGAAUUUCUUAGUUUUUGCCUGUUUGGGAUGACAAUUCACCUUUGUCUGAGCAAUAUUUCUUCAGUAAAGUGUCAUCGGAAGAUCCCCCCAGUGCUCUUGA